GGCGGACUGACAGCACUUGCAAAGAUGCCAGCUUGUAAUGUUCAGCUUCUCGGGCCCAAAAAGAAAAAUUUAGCUGGUUUUUCCACUGCAACUUCCCAGUUUCGUGUUGAUCACAUAGAGCAAACAGAGGUUUUUCAAACUACACCACCUGCUCUCAAGAUGCGUGCAUGUCGUCUUGUGGCGGCAAAGUCAACUCUUGCGGCACGUGUUGACUCAAUCAGAGGUGAUCCAUCUGGCAAACAAGGAAGAGCAUAUCGUGAAGAAAUUCGUAAGAAGAUUGAAAAAUGGCAAGAACCACCCCCCGCAAAGGAACCUAAACCAUUUCCGGUCCCUGAUUCUGAACCUAAGAAGAAACGAGGUGGUCGCCGCCUUAGGAAAAUGAAGGAAAGAUAUCUUAUUACCGAUAUGCGGAAACUGGCCAACAGAAUGCAGUUUGGAGUGCCUGAAGAAAGUUCAUUGGGGGAUGGGUUAGGAGAAGGAUAUGGUAUGCUUGGUCAAGCUGGAAACGGGAAGUUGCGUGUGUCGGUUGGUCAAAGCAAGCUUGCUGCCAAAGUCGCUAAAAAGUUCAAGGAUAAACAAUAUAGUAGUGGUGGGGCUACUUAUGGGCUGACUUCAAGUUUGGCCUUCACACCUGUCCAGUUAACCUUUGUGGUAUUGGAGGCAUUAUACAACUGGCGGACUGACAGCACUUGCAAAGAUGCCAGCUUGUAA